GUUACCCGGAAGACGGUCAAUGUUAUUUCAUCAGCCGACUCAGCAUGUAGCGCCAACACUUUCUAUGAAUACCUUUUUUAAGUUUAGGUCUUACUUCAUGAUAUUAAGACGCGUUUAUAAGUCAGCCUUAGCGACCCGAGACGGAAGAGCUAGGUGCAAAGAACUGAUGACUAAAAUGCUGCGCUUGUCGCCGCAGUCCGUCAUGAAUGGACCAUCUGCCCAGUGUGAGGAAAGAUUACAAGCAGUGUGAUGAGCAUGUUAGGGCUCCCGAGUGGCGCAGUGGUCAAAGUCACUGCAUCUCAGUGCAAGAGUCAUCACUACAGUCCUUGGUUCGAAUCCAGGCUGAAUCACAUCCGGCCGUGAUUGGGAGUCCCAUAGGGUGGCACACAAUUGGCCCAGCGUUUUCCGGGUUUGGCUGGGAUGGUGCUGAAAUCCUGAAUUCAACAGUGGAGGCUCUAAAGGAUGGGCAAGUUGUGGCUGUGCCAACGGACACAAUAUACGGGCUGGCUUGCUUGGCUCAGAAUUCCAAUGCCAUCAAAAAGGUGUAUGACAUCAAAGGACGUAAGGGUCAGAAACCACUGGCCAUUUGUGUUGGAGAAAUCAAAGACAUUUAUAAGUACUGUAAGGUGUCAGUCAAGGAAGAGCUGAUAGGGGAACUGUUGCCUGGCCCUGUCACUCUAGUUCUGGAACGAGCUGAAGUACUCAACACUGACCUCAAUCCAUUCACUCCGUUAGUAGGAGUGCGCAUCCCGGACCAUGCCUUCAUGAGACGCCUCUGCCAGAUGUGUGGGGAACCUCUUGCCCUCACCAGCGCCAACAUCAGCUCACACUCCAGCACUGUGGCUGUACAUGAGUUCCAGGAUUUGUGGCCCCGGUUAGCAGUGGUGGUGGAUGGCGGACCAAUAGGAGACAAGAGUCGCUUGGGGUCAACAGUGGUCGACCUAUCGGUGCUCGGCAAAUACCGCAUCAUCAGACCUGGCUGUGCCUUCUCUUCCACAGUUGAUGUGCUGGAGCACAAAUAUGGACUGUCACAAGACACAGGGGAUCAGUGAGGUUUGCCCCCUCCAAAUUCAUACCACAUGCUGACACGAACAACCAGCAAGAACCUGUGCUUACCAUGGCCAAAUACAACUAUGAAUGCCUGCGACGCUGAGGCGAGUGACAAAAUCGAAAUCGCUCAUCUUUCUAAAGGAAGGACAGUCCUUUUGCACAUUGCAGGCUAUUGUUGAAAGCUCUGGGUUUCACUUAAGGGAUUUGUUUCGUAUUUCUUGGUUAUUAGUUGUCCAAGCAUUCUUGUUUCUAUGGGAAAACCCAGGGCACUUAACUCAUUCUUUGCUUUACAAAUUGACUUUAUUGUGUGGAAACUAGGUUGUUUUAUUCAAGCAUGCUUACACCCAACGGAAGACCCCACUCUUGCCUCCUCUCUAGUGGGUUAAAAUGGCAGACUUGGCACAGAGUAACGGUUGGAGUUCUACCCUGUUACUGUCAUUUUGAGCUAUGGCUAGGUUAAGCAAAGCUACUAUUUAAUUGAGUUAUUUCAAGUGUCUUUUUCAUGCAUUUCUAAAUCAAGCCUGUGUUUUAUGAACUGAUUCUGGAGUUUCAGGGCUGUGAACAUUGUUUCAAUGCAUUUUAUUUUCAUGGGGAAUUUAUUUAACAUGGUUUGGAACACAUUUCAGACUGAGGCUGCAUAUACACAGGCAGCCCAAUUUCUUUUCUUUUUUUUGAACAAAUUGGUCUUUUGGCCAAUCAGAUCAGCUGUGAAAAGAUGUGAUUGGCCAGACCAAUGGGUGGGAAAAAAUAUUAGAAUUGGUCUGCCUGUGUAAACGCAGCCUGUUAGCCGUGCUCUAGUGUAUUAUUGCUUGACGGUUAUGAGAGACUGACUACUGGUUUGUAUAAUGGACCAAUGAGAGUAUGUUGUUGAUAAUAAAUGGCAUGCAUUAUGCUGACCUUGA